AUGGCAGAAAAGGCUGAAGUUGAGAAGAAGGCAGUAGAUUCAGAACAGGCUUUACUGAGGCUGAAGGCGGAGAAGGGUGAAGUUGAAAGGAGAGCUGAGGAGUCGGAACAAGCAUUGGAGAGAUUGCAGGCGGAGAAGAUCCAAGCCGUUAAGGAUGUCGAGACUAAACUAUUGGAAGCUAAUGUUCAGCAUGCGGACUCCCUAAUCGCGUUACAGCGAAGAUAUGAAGAGCAGACUCGUGACGCAGUAAGAACGUUCGCACGAUAUCAUGCGGUCUACAUGACUGUUCAUCUCCGGACUACAGCGAUCCCGAAAGCACUCAAGAGAAAAACACCGGCUUCGGUUGUCACCGGUAAAAGGAGGAAGAGAUUGCGCAAAAGCGCGAAACUGGAAGUCAUCGUACGCAUGAUGAAAGACGGUUGCGUGGGUUUCAAGGUUGAUUCGAAAUAUGACGAGUCUCAUAGGCUGGAUAUAGCUCUUUACCAUAACGGCAAUGGGCAGAGGGUCUCGGGUGAUCCCGAGAUAUUGGAUACUGUGUCCAUUGACCCCAAAGGCAUUGCUAGGUUCUCCUGGGCUCCUGAGCUAUGGAAUCGCUGGCUGGGAGCUCACAACGAUAUGACGCUAAGGGCCAUAACUGAUCAUAACGAAUGGUGUGCUAUUCAGCGUCUCGAUGUCAAGCCCGUAAAUUCGGCAAGUAAUGAGUGA